AAGAUUCCUCUUCGUGUAGACGUUGUUCCUAUUCUGCCACCCAAUUAUCUCUCUCUAUCAAGCUUUCAUUUCUCCGCACUCGACCGCCUUUUUUUUUAUAUUUUCUCUCUCUAGGGUUCUAACGCGUGGGCAAAGGGGGAAAAUUAGACACUACUGCAAUUAAUUCUCGCUGAUAGAUUUUGGGGAAAUUCAUACCCAUGUUACCAGAAAUUAGGAAUUCAAUUCCGCCGCUCUCUACUUUGAUCCUUCUACUGCUUUCUUCAUCCACCAUGGAUUAAAUCUGUUCCUUCCUUCGUUUGUCUUUUUAGGGUGGCAAGUCCUGGGAUGGAAGUGUACAAAGUUCCUGAUCAAGGACUUGCUGAUACUUACCUGAUUCAAGGUGCUGAGCCAAACCCACAGCCUGAUCAGUUUGGACUAUACGGAUCCAUGUAUAACGAGGGAGCACCUGACUAUAUUAUCGACCAGGGCUUGUAUUAUCCUACUGGCACCAACUAUGGGUACAUUUGUACAGGCUAUGAACCAACCAUGGAGUGGGAAGAUCAGCAUAGGUUUUUCGGUGUAGACAAUCAAGACAUUCAUUAUACGGUUGCGACAAAUGAGAACAUGCCAUAUGCAUAUUAUUCUCCCAAUUAUGGAUAUGGGCAGACUCCUUUUAACCCAUACAAUCCUUAUAUUCCUGGUGCUGUAAUAGGAGCUGAUGGAUCAAUUAUACCAGCACAACAAUACUAUGCCCUUCCCUCGUAUGAAAAUCCUGUUACAUCGGCGUCAUAUCUGCCUGUAGUUUUCCAGCCAAGGCCUGAUGCUGUUGCUAAUGGGAUUGUAGAUUCAUUCAUUGAUACUGGUGGAUCUUUUAACAAGGCUGAUGGUCUAGGUUCUAAACGUAAUUCGGCUCAGAAUACUCCUAAUUCCUCUUUAAGCGCAAUGGGUGAUGCCUCUGGCCGAAAAAACUCCUUUGUGAAGACGUCUGAAGGUAGGGUUAAUGUGGGGACUGGCAAGCAGCAUCCAUCAAGUAAUACUUCUGGUAGUAUUACUAAUCAAGCUGCACCACAGAUUUCCCAGAUUAGAGGCCCUCAAGGCACAGAGAACGGUUUUCGUGGGAAAGCAUCAGCUGUCAGUAGUCAGUUGAAGACUGCUUUUACCUCUGGAAAUGGAUCAUCUACUUUCGAAUCGAGCAAUUAUUCUCAUGCAUCUGUAAAUAAAGUGAAGCCCAACAUACUCAGUGGGAGGGCUCUUGAUGAAAGAGCUGGUCUUGAUAUAUUGAGCAACCAGAAUAGUGAGUCCAGGAUGAGCAAAUCAAAGAACCAAUUGGUUGUUAAAGCCUAUACUACAAGGGCUGGAAAUCCUGAUGCUCAAGGAAACAUCAUUAUCUCUAGAGAUCAUUAUAACAGAGUUGAUUUUCCAGUGGAAUAUGCAAAUGCAAAGUUUUUCGUGAUCAAGUCAUAUAGCGAGGAUGAUGUGCAUAAGAGUAUCAAGUAUAAUGUGUGGUCAUCCACUCCCAAUGGAAACAAGAAGCUUAAUGCUGCAUAUGAAGAUGCCAAGAGAAUAUCUGCUGGAGACUCUAGAGGCUGCCCCAUCUUCCUCUUCUUUUCUGUUAAUGCAAGUGGCCAGUUCUGUGGUAUUGCAGAAAUGACUGGCCCAGUGGAUUUCCACAGAGAUAUGGAUUUCUGGCAGCAAGAUAAAUGGAGCGGAAGCUUUCCUGUGAAGUGGCACAUCAUAAAGGAUUUGCCAAACCCAAAUUUUAGGCACAUCAUAUUGGAGAACAAUGAGAACAAGCCAGUGACUAACAGCAGAGAUACACAAGAGAUAAGCUUCAAGAAAGGCUUGGACAUGCUUAAAAUAUUCAAAGGCCACACGUCAAAGACAUCCCUACUUGAUGACUUCAUGUACUAUGAAAAUAGACAGCGGAUUUUGCAGGGAGAGAGAGCUAGGCUUUUCAUUAAGAGCUAUGAAAAUCCGUAUCUUGUUCCAUUAUUGGAUCCUCCUCGGAAGCUUCAGACGGUUCACGAUUUUCCUCCUAUUAGCGAUGCAAAUGCUGCCAAACAUAAUACCAAUAAUUCAAGUAUGGUGAACAAUAGGGAAGUUCCUCCAAGUGCUGCAUCAACUUGCUCCACGAACAACCGUGCUGAGCCCAAAGGGAAAAAUUCCUCAGGUACUAAUCCAAACAAUGUAGCAAGUGUCCCUGAGAGCUGUGAAGGCUCAGUGGAUUCAGUGGAUAAAGUGCUGAAUGCAGUUGAUGAACUCAAAAUUAGCGGAUUGAACAUACAUUCAGAUGAGCCGGGUUCAGGGCCUACUAGGGAAGUAUCUAACAAAACAAACAGCGAGAUGGUAAAUGUUGUCACAAUAGGGUCAAUGCCGGUCAAAGUUGUUGAUAAGGAGUCUUCUGGUUUUUUGACUGUGGGAACAAUUCCUCUGGAUCCAAGAAAUCUCCUCCAUGAGUAGGUGGAGGGGGACAGUGCAUUGGGGUGGGGUGGGGUGGGGUGGAGUUAUGCCGCAUGAAGGUGGAUUUGGAUGGUUUACCUAUUUGUUUGAAAUGUUGUUGACGAAGUCCCCGGGGAGCUCUGCGUUUCUAUUGUAUAAUUGAGUGUAUCAUACUCGGUCAUGGCUUCUGUUUUGGAAUUUCAGCGUUAGAACCUCCGGGGGCGAAUAGCUCACAGUUUUCUUCAUCUCUCUUUCGUCUGGGUGAGAAGAAUGAAGAGAUUCCUUUUAACUAAAUUGAAAUGUUAAAUACUGAUGUUAUUUUUUUUCCAUUUUCUUUAGCGGGAGUGAGGUGGCCUUGGUCUUUGGCUGAGGGUGAUGCUGCUUUUGUAUUUCCCGUUUAACUUCCUGUUUUUUGCCUUUUGGUUUCCAUCUUUACAGAAGUUAUAUCCAAGAGAAAAAGAAAAUAAAAAAUUUACUUUCA